AAGCAGUCACUUUUCUUUUCUACCUUCUGGGACUUCCAAUGAUGCUUUGGUCUCUUAUUCUGGCUCUGAGCAGUAGCAAUCAAGCAUAGUUGCAAAUGGCGGUGAAAAAAGGACUCUCGUUAGAGGAGAAACAGGUGAAACUUCUUGCCUGGUUUCAGCAGUCGCAUACAAUGUACAACAUCAAAGAGGUAGAGACUAUCGCUAGUAAGAAGACGGGCAUCAGUUCCAUGCAAAUCAAAGACAUUCUCAAGCUGCUCGUCGACGAGGGGUUGGUCAACUGUGAGAAAUGCGGCAUAUCGAACAUCUACUGGUCUUUCCAAUACACUAGUAUUAUAAAGAUGACCAAGGAGUAUGAUAGACUUCUUGUUAGGAAAACUGGCGUUUUGAACAGCAUUGACCAGCAUAAAGUAGAAAUUAAACAGUUGACUGCCGAGAGAACAGGUCUUUCUAAGAAAGAGAGGACAACCAUGAUUGAUAAAGCCUCAAAAUUGCAAUCGGAGAAGACAGCUUUGGAAGCCCAACUCGACUCUCUUCUUGCCAAUACGCCAGAGAAGGUGAAUGCUCGUCUGGAAAAUAUCAAAAAGUUGCAGGAAGCCAUUGAUGUUCUAAUGGACAACAUUGAUUUGUUAGUCAACUUCAUUGCGGAUUCGAAUCCAGCAGGCAUGACCAAGGCCAGCAUCCGAGAGUACUUCGGGGUGCCUGAGGAGGAUUAACGGACGACCCAUCUGGGUGAUCUUUCUGCUUAUGGAAGAGUACCUAUAUAGAU